AGGGUGGAUCCCGGAUCCGAGCUUCUUGUUACCGGGUGCAGGCCCCACGAAGGGCCAGACGGGGACAGCCGCGCCGACUAGGCGGCGGGAACUGGGCCGGCCCUGACAGUGCUCGGUGUCCGCCCCUCCGCCCGGCCCUGGCCACGUGGUGGGCGGACCCGGCGGUUUUGAGCGCCUGGGCGGACCCUGAGUCCAGGCCACAGUUCCAAGCCGGCUCCGAAGGCCAGCGCAGGCCGCAGACCUGGAGAGAGAAAGCUCAUCAAGCGCUGCGCCAUGACCAGCAAGGGUACUGAGUCCGAGCACCCCUCCGUGACACUCUUUCGCCAGUACCUGCGCAUCUGCACUGUCCAGCCCAAACCUGACUAUGGGGCUGCCAUUGCUUUCCUUGAGGAGAGAGCCCUUCUUAUGGGCCUGAGCUGUCAGAACGUAGAGGUGGCACCUGGCUAUGUGGUCACUGUGCUAACCUGGCCAGGCACCAACUCUGCACUCCCCUCCAUCUUGCUCAACUCCCACACGGAUGUGGUACCUGUCUUCAAGGAACAGUGGAGUCAUGACCCCUUUGAAGCCUUCAAGGAUCCUGAGGGCUACAUCUAUGCCAGGGGAACCCAGGAUAUGAAGAGUGUCAGCAUCCAGUACCUGGAGGCUGUGAGGAGGUUGAAGGGUGCGGGCCACCGGUUCCCUAGAACCAUCCACAUGACCUUUGUGCCUGAUGAGGAGGUCGGAGGUCACAAAGGGAUGGAACUGUUUGUGAAGAGACCUGAGUUCCAGGCUCUACGAGCAGGUUUCACCCUAGAUGAGGGCAUGGCCAACCCCACUGAUGCUUUCACUGUCUUUUAUAGUGAGCGGAGCCCUUGGUGGGUACGGGUUACCAGCACUGGGAAGCCAGGCCAUGGUUCACGUUUCAUUGAGGACACAGCAGUCGAGAAGCUGCACAAGGUUAUGAGCUCCAUCCUGGCAUUUCGGGAGAAGGAAAAGCAGAGGCUGCAGGCAAACCCUCACCUGAAGGAGGGGGCUGUGACUUCUGUGAAUCUGACUAAGCUAGAAGGUGGUGUGGCCUAUAAUGUGGUACCUGCUGCUAUGAGUGCCAGCUUUGACAUUCGAGUGGCGCCAGAUGUAGACCUGAAGGCCUUCGAGGAGCAGCUGCAAAGCUGGUGCCGGGAAGCUGGGGAGGGGGUCACCUUUGAGUUUGCUCAGAAAUGGACAGAGCCCCGAAUGACAUGCACCGAUGAUUCAGACCCCUGGUGGGCAGCCUUCAGUGGGGUCUGCAAGGACAUGAACCUUACUCUGGAGCCAGAGAUCUUCCCUGCUGCCACUGAUAGCCGCUAUAUCCGAGCGGUCGGGAUCCCGGCUCUGGGCUUCUCACCCAUGAACCAAACACCUGUGCUGCUGCAUGACCAUAACGAAAGGCUGCAUGAGGCUGUGUUCCUCCGUGGGAUUGACAUAUACACCCGCCUGCUGUCCGCACUUGCCAGUGUGCCUGCCCUGCCUAGUGAAAAUUGAGCCCCCACCCCCACCCCUGCAGCUUCUAGCUCAACCAGUGCCAAGGACCUCUUGCCUCUGCCCAGUAAUAAAGCCAGUAUGGACAGGGGCUUCUUCUGAAGUACU